AUGACUGGCGGCAAAUCUGGCGGCAAGGCUAGCGGUUCCAAGAACGCGCAGUCCCGUUCUUCCAAGGCCGGUCUGGCGUUCCCCGUCGGUCGUGUUCACCGUCUGCUCCGCAAGGGCAACUACGCUCAGCGUGUCGGUGCCGGUGCCCCCGUCUACCUGGCUGCCGUCCUCGAGUACCUGGCUGCUGAAAUCCUCGAGUUGGCUGGUAACGCCGCUCGUGACAACAAGAAGACCCGUAUCAUCCCCCGUCACCUUCAGCUUGCCAUUCGUAACGAUGAGGAGUUGAACAAGCUUCUGGGCCAUGUCACCAUCGCCCAGGGUGGUGUCCUCCCCAACAUCCACCAGAACCUUCUCCCCAAGAAGACCCCCAAGGCCGGCAAGGGCAGCCAGGAGCUGUAA